GUUAGGAAAAUUUCAGGUUACGUAUUUAGAAAAAAUUUUAUUUAUCGAAGGGCAACAAUAGGUAUUUAAAGAAAAUAGAAGAAGAAAAAAUAAGGAAGAAAAGAGAUUUAAACGGUUCCUUUAAAUUGGCUGUAGUUUUAUAUUUUUGAUAUAAAAAAAUAAUCAUGAUGAAAUUAUUUCGUGCCGCAUUGAUACAAGCCCGCGUUGGCAAAAGUCGUUCUCAGAAUCUGGAAAAUGCUGAAAUAUUAAUAAAAAAAUCCAAACAAUUAGGAGCAAAAUUGGUUUGUUUGCCCGAAUGUUUCAAUUCACCUUACGGAACUGGGUUCUUUGAAGAAUAUGCGGAAUCUAUACCAAACGGUCCGACAUGUGAAAUGCUGUCUAGGAGUGCGAGAGAAAAUCAAAUAUAUUUGGUAGGUGGAACGUUACCAGAAGUAGAAGAAAAAAAAUUCUAUAAUACUUGUACAGUGUGGAACCCAGAAGGUAAAUUAAUUGCAAAAUACCGUAAAGUGCAUUUAUUCGAUAUCGAUAUAUCUGGUGGCAUUACAUUCAAAGAGUCUGACGUUUUGCACGCUGGCAAUAAACUUGAAAUGUUCGAAAUGGAUGGAAUCAAAAUUGGAAUUGGCAUUUGCUAUGAUCUGAGAUUUGAGGAAUUAGCUAAAUUGUACAGAAUGGAUGAGUGCAAAAUCUUAAUUUAUCCUGGUGCUUUUAAUAUGGUCACUGGUCCCUUACACUUUGAACUAUUGCAGAGGUCUAGAGCAUUGGAUAAUCAAGUUUAUGUUCUGGGAGUAAGCCCCGCUAGAGGCGAUAAGGGCUAUAUUGCAUGGGGCUAUUCACAGGUAACAGAUCCUUGGGGUAAAGUUGUUGCACAGGCAAAAGAGGGCGAAGAAAUUAUACACGCCGAUAUAGACUUAACCGAGUGUGAUAAAGUGAGGGAGCAAAUUCCUAUAUAUAAACAACGUAGAACCGAUCUUUAUGAUACUAUUAAGAAAUAAUAACAUAAUCAGAGAAUGCUCGUGUUUAGGUUAAAAAAACUGUACAUUUGUUACUUUAAUAAUAUAUUUUUUUAGGUUAUAAGUGGUGCAAAAGUUUUGAUAUAUAUAAAUAUUUUCUUUCUCUUCUUUGUUGAGUGACUAGUGGUAGAAUGGGGCUAUAGUCAUGACUGCUAUUCCAUUUUCAUGUAAAAAUUUAUAUUGAGCCAGUUUCUUCAUAAUUUCUCUAUUAUCAUAGUCACGGCUAAUAUCCAUUACUUGAAGGAAAGUAACAAGUAAAUGGACACUUCCAACUAUUGCAAAAGUCAAUAACAAUGAUUCCAGAGUGGUCAAUGCCAUAUUUGUUGGUUCAUUGCGGAUAAAAUAUCUUCAUUUUUGUCCAGAGCUUCAAGGCAUUAGCAUAAUUCUCAUAAAAUUAUGAUUAUAGAAAAAAUCUUCAAGAUUACAAUUAAUUUUUGACAGUUUGACACUUCACCAAGUGGGUAUUAAAUUCAAUGCCAUUAGGAUUAGGCAAACGUUCGCAAAUGUUCAAAAAUGCAGUGAAACCAGCAUACUGUGAAAAAGGGUGAAAUAAAAUAAAAAUAAACAAUAAAUCAAGUUCAGGUGAGGACAACUAUAUAUCACAAGCGAGGUAAGUAAUAAGAAUUUGAAGUAUAUUGGAAAGCUACUAGCUAACAGCUUUAAAAAGAGUAUUACACGAUGCUUUUUAGUGACGAAUAGCAGAGCUAUAUAUCUGCACCCUUACCAGAAGCUUAAACAUUUAAAUUUAAGAACUUAUAAGCAAGGCUUAGAAACUAGUAAUGU